AUGAAGGACCGGACCGGGGAGCUGCGCGCCGCGAAGGACAGUGACGACGAUGAUGAAGUCACCGUCAGUGUGGACCGGGACCGCUUCAUGGACGAGUUCUUUGAGCAGGUGGAAGAAAUUCGAGGGUUCAUUGAUAAAAUUUCGGAGAACGUGGAGGAAGUGAAGAGGAAGCACAGCGCCAUUCUUGCUUCGCCCAACCCUGACGAGAAAACGAAGGAGGAGCUGGAAGAGCUGAUGUCUGACAUAAAGAAAACAGCGAACAAAGUGCGCUCCAAGCUAAAGAGUAUUGAGCAGAGUAUUGAACAAGAGGAAGGACUGAACAGGUCAUCUGCUGACCUGCGGAUAAGGAAAACUCAGCACUCGACGCUGUCUCGCAAGUUCGUGGAGGUGAUGUCCGAGUACAACGCCACGCAGACCGACUACCGGGAGCGCUGCAAGGGCAGGAUUCAGAGGCAGUUGGAGAUCACUGGCAGGACCACCACCAGCGAGGAGCUGGAGGACAUGCUGGAGAGUGGCAACCCGGCCAUCUUCUCCUCCGGGAUCAUUAUGGAUUCAAACAUCACCAAGCAGGCACUGAAUGAGAUUGAGACACGGCACAGCGAGAUCAUCAAACUGGAGAACAGCAUCCGAGAGCUGCAUGACAUGUUCAUGGACAUGGCCAUGCUGGUGGAGAGCCAGGGUGAGAUGAUCGACCGCAUCGAGUACAACGUGGAGCACUCAGUGGACUACGUGGAGCGGGCUGUGUCUGACACUAAAAAAGCAGUGAAGUACCAGAGCAAAGCCAGAAGGAAGAAGAUCAUGAUCAUAAUCUGCUGCGUGAUCCUGGGUAUCGUCAUUGCCUCCACCUUCGGCGGCAUUUUCGGCUAGUCUCACCCCACGGGACUGUUCGUGUGCGAUGGACGGAGCCGCGUGUGCCAUGGGGCCGCAGCCGUGCCGGAGCGAACCACGCAGCCCUGGAGCCUCCCAGCAGCAUUUCAGUUUCUAAUGCAUGGUUGUUUGUGACGCUGUGUGUGCAGUGCGUCUGUGUGGAGGGAGCGCCGGCCCGGGGCGUAGGCAGG